AUGUUUAGCGCAUUGGGGAACUGGAUCCGAGGCACCCGCAAUGAUAAGGACUUUGUAACGAAGUACACUGCAGAUCUCUCACAAAUAACCUCACGUAUUCAUCAGCUAGACGUCGCGUUGAAGAAAAGCCAGUCGAUCUUGAAUCAAUGGCAGUCUAAUCUGACCUUUUACGGCGUUGCCUUCACGGUGUUAACCCUGAGCUACACGUACUGGAAGCACCAUGGCUAUUGGCCGUAUCUUGUCAUAAGCGCGGUUCUAUGCCUAGGCUCGCUGAUCCUGAUCAAAUGGGCUUUAACCAAACUCUAUGCGUUCUACAACAACAACAGAUUACGCAAGUUGGGCAAGCUACGUGCCGUACAUCAAAAGAAACUCGAGAAACUGAAAGAGGAGACCCACUACAAUGCUACAAGCUCAAUCAUCCAACGAUUUUCGUCCGGUGAAGACCAGAACGACGAUGCUGUGGUUCUUCUAGACGACGAAUUGAACGCUAAAUAUCAAGAACUAAACAGUUUGAAGUCGGAACUGGAAAAGUUUAAGAAGGAAAGCCAUGUAAAGGGCUUGAAAAAGGAGGAGAGCGAUGCAUGGUUCGACAAAAUCAUCGGGGUACUAGCAGGCGGUAACGAAUUGAACUCAACAAAUUCGCUAUCUCCCUUCAGGAAAAUUGUCUGCCCGCAAUGCCAUUGGAAGUCAGAUUGCUAUAGAUUGGCUAACAAACCAAUACUGUUUGUCUGUCCUCAAUGCAAUCACAGGACAGACGAGGAAAAGGAAAGACAAGCCGUCAUUGAAGCUGAGAAGGCUCUACAGCCCUCGCCACAGAAGCAGGAAAAAACAAAGUGA